CCUGCCGUGCCAACUCUUUCUCUUUCCAUAACAGCCCAUUUUACUUCUCUAUCUUAUCCAGAAAGAUGGCUCCCAAAGCGAAGGCUAGGCGAAUUUUGGUGAAGCUUGUCUCCACCGCUCUCACUGGUUCUUUCUACACCACUUCUAGGGUUAGGGUCGGUGAGAAACUUGCCAAGAUCAAGUAUGACCCUAUUGCGAAAAAGCAUGUUCUCUUCACCGAAGCCAAGAUAAAAUAGUUUCUCUCAAAUCAUCCCUCCCGGAUCAAAUCAUCAUCUAUCACCCAUAUCCUAUAUAUAAAGUCAAAACUCGAGGCAUAUCAUCGGAGACAGAGAAGAAGAUUCAAAUCUCAAGAGCAAAAUACCAUGCAUAUCAUACCAUUUCGCCCCUUACCAGUAUCAGCGCUGCGCCUUGAGUUACUGCUUUCGCCGGUUGAGAUGGGGAUAAAGAGGUUGUUGAGGGCAGACCAUCUGAUGUGGGAUAGAGUUGCACGAGGGAAAAUUUCUAUGAACGCCGAAGUGUGAAUUAUUACUUGGCAUGGGUGAAAUGAACGGGCUUACGGUAUCAGUUGUACGGGAUGUUUUACUCUGUGCGAUGAUUAAAUCCAUCACUUUGCCUAUUGGAGUAUCCUGCCGGCAUGUUCAGUUUUGACCUUCGAUAUAUCGUUUGGAACGCCUUACCUCCCCUAUCCAAGCUCUUUCGAGCUUUAUAUCCCAUUUCCCUUUCCACACCUUCACCUUUGCUCCCGUCAAAUCCACACCCCAUUCAAAAAAUACCUUCUCCGUAUCUGGAAUAUUUGCACCACCUCCUAAACGUGUGGCAGUUGAGCGUACUUUGCGAAGAUGAAUGUCCCAUAACUUUUCAGCCUUGCUUUUGAUUUUCUUCUCCACCUUUGCCUCCCCUUGUGUCAGUUCUUGAGAUAUCGUUGAUGUUGUCUGCGCUGGUUGCAAACUUGGCGGUAACCUUUCCUCUUCAAUCCUUGGUUUCUUCACUACAUCCCUCUGAGUCGGCAUUUUCCUCUCCGUCCGAUCUCUGUGACCUGUAAAGUUCUUUGCUAUCAAGUCCUCCGCUUGUGAACGGCGGACGAGAAAGGCGUCGUGUCGGGCGUUGUGAAUGAGGGGUGCGGGGCAUGAGUGGGAUGUUUGCGCUCGAUGUCUAUGCGAAUGGAACAUCGUUUAGCCCGUUUGUGGACGGUUGAAGGUCGUACGGAGCUGUAAAGUCACGUACGAUGUACAGAAUGCACCCCCACAGCCUUCACACCUCACCUCUCUCGCAAUAAUCCCUUCUUCUUCGUCUCUCCCUGAUACUCCGGCAACACUUUCGAUAGUCUCCCUCUCACAUCCUUCCUUCUCGCAUGUCUUCUUACCUCUAUCCAACUUACCGACAGCUACACCAUGUGAAGAGGUUGAACCUAAAGAGGAGCAUGGUUGAUGGAUGUAGAUGUGAUUAGGGCAGAACGGAAGAUCGCACGAUGGGCAGAGAAGAGGAAGGAAGUCGACAAGUGUGCAGGACGAGCAGCGAGUACCAGGAGCCAGGAGAGACAUCGAAGCGUUGGACUUCAGGCCUGAUUCGUACCGAUGGGAGAAAUGAAUAGACACAAUCUGUCAGCAGUGGACUCAAAAGGUGGUCAGGGAAAGUGGAGGAGGUAGUCAUUAUAUGGCGCGUCUGAUUCUUUACACCGCAGACUGCCAACUUCAUAUUGCGGCGAGGCGUUG